CUCUCUUCAACCCAGAUUCUCAGAUGUUUUAACAACAGUAACUAUUUUCAGAAGACUGUUGGCUGCCUCUUAUAUUCUUCUUUUAUGAUUCACGUACAUUGGCACAUUCAUUUCCCAUGUGUCAGAAUGUAACAGUACGUGUUGAGGCAGAGAUGCAAGUAAUCAGGAAACAUUUGUUGCUUUAUUUGAUGAAGAAAGAAUUUCUUUAUAUCUGGGUGUAACAGCAAAGAAGAACAGUCUUCAUUGAAGAAUCUGCAUUCUUACAUUCAGGUCUGCUAAGAAAAAAAAAUGGAGGCCUUAGUUACAUCAUAUAAUACAUUUGCUGUGAGCAUGUACAAAAAAUUACUUGAAAAUACAGACAAAAACAUAUUUUUUUCUCCCAUGAGCAUUGCCUCUGCUCUAACUAUGCUUUUUCCUGGUACCAAUGGUAAUACUGAAUUCCAAAUGGCAGAUGUUUUAAACUUUCGAAAACCACCUGGAAAACAAGGCUGCCAUUCAGAAACUUCUGAUGCUAUUCAAAUACAAAAUGUCCCUGAAGUUUUUGAGGACUUUUCUUCAUGUAUCAACCAGAGCUCCAAAUGUUAUACUUUGAAAAUGGCUAACAGGCUAUUUAGUGAAAAGAGCUUCCAAAUCCUUGAGCAAUAUUGCCAACUAAUUGAGAAAUAUUUCCAAGCUAAAAUUCAACCUGUGGACUUCUUGCAAGAUUCGGAAAAGAGCAGGCAGACCAUUAAUACCUGGGUAGAAAGACAAACAGAUGGUAAAAUAAAAGACAUCUUGGGACCAGACUCCAUUGACUCACUAACAAAGCUAGUUUUGGUAAAUGCAAUUUACUUUAAAGGAAACUGGGCAAAUAAAUUUCCAGAAGAAAACACAGAACAAAAACCUUUUAAAAUGAGCAAGACAAAAAGUAAACCAGUACCAAUGAUGUUCCAGAGGAAUAAGUUCAACAUGUCUUACAUUGAAGAUCUUGAAGCUAAGGUGUUGGAACUCCCUUAUCUUAAUAAUGAAUUAAGCAUGAUCAUAUUACUUCCAGAUGAGAUUAAGGACAACUCUACUGGACUAGAACAGCUAGAAAAGAUGUUGAGCUAUGAGAAGCUAAAAGGCUGGACCAACGCUGACAUGAUGGACAAAACUGAAGUGGAGAUUGAUUUUCCGCGCAUUAUUCUUGAGGAAAACUAUGACCUGAAAUCGUACCUCACCGAGAUGGGACUAGGAGACCUAUUCAAUGCAGAAAAAGCUGAUCUCACAGGGAUCUCAAAAAAAGGCAACCUGUAUGUGUCAGAGAUAUUUCACAAAGCAUUUGUGGAAAUUAAUGAAGCAGGAACAGAGGCCGCUGCAGCUACUGCUGGCAUUGUGACAGCCAGAAUGCGCCCUAUUGCGGAUAAAUUUUGUGCAAACCAUCCUUUUCUGUUCUUCAUAAAACAUAACCUGACAAAUGCCAUACUUUUUCUUGGAAAAUUUUCCUCCCCUUAAAAUAUUGCAUAAUGCUCAUGAAAGUAGAAUAUGUAGCUUGUAAAUUUGAUAAAGCAAUAUUAUUCUGCCAUCAGUAUACUACAAUUCAUUAUAAGGAUUUGCAUAUCAGUAUCUAACUACUUUACUAGUUUACAUGCAUUGCAAUUUUGUUUACUACAGUACAUGCUUUCUAUACAUAAUUAAUUUACAGUAUGUAACAUCUGUUGCUUGUGUCAUUGUUUAAAAAGAUUGUAUAACCAAUGAAUAGGAUUGGACCACAAACAGGAGUUGUCACCUUUACACAAUGUAUGAUCACUAGAGGUCCAACUGCACAAACUUCAAUCGAUCACAAGAAUGAGAUUCUCAAGUCCCAUAUUUGAAUAGAGUUGCGGUCACAGGUAAGCACUAUUGCUCCAUUUAAUGUCUAUGGGAAUGACUAUCGUAAUUUUAUCCCAUAAACUGUUACUGUAGCAGUAAUGUGCAUGCAUGACUGCUGCUCCAUUCAAUCCAGAUACUAGGGACCCCUAUUACUGUAAUUAGUGGGGAUCCCAGUAGUUGGACUCCAAGUCAUCAUACAUUUAUCACCUGAAAAAAUUAAUAUUAGGCGUAGUCCAACAUAUAUAUAUUUUUAAAGGGAACCUGUGACCAUAAAAAUGCUAUGUAAUCUAUCAGCUUUAUGUUAUAGAGCAGGAGAAGCUGAGUAUGCUGAUUAUAUCCAUAUAUAUUUGCGGUAAAAGAUUCUGUACCCUAUCACUGUCCACUGAACUCCUAUAAAUAGAAAGAACAGGGGUUUCAAUAAACAAUUUACUGAAUAAGUCUUGCAUUGGCUACUGUUACUUAGGAGACCGAAAGGAGGCUCUAUCUUCUAUCACAUAGAUAUGUGUAGUUUGGAGCAGUUGGCAACAGCCAUUCUGUUCAGGUAUUUACAGGCCAAAUUAAAGGGGUUCUCCCUUGUUUAUACUGUUUUUUGUUAUUAUGUUUGUGUGUUAUGUGUGUAUAAGUAUGUGUUUUUUUA